AUCUUGAGCAAAAUCACCGAAAAUGGCUUCUCUCUAUAUCCCUCUGUCAAAACCACAACUCCUAAAAUACUACUUCCAUAGAAUCUCCAAACCCCUCCAUCGUUUCUAUUCAUCUGCUGCAGAUAAACCCCCAUAUGAAGAAACCCCAGACCCGAAAACGUACAUUGCAACCUGUGGAUCACAAGCCGGGGCAAUCGAAAAUGGAAAAUUACGAAUCCCAGGUGAGCACAAUCCCAACCCAGACAAGGUUAGGGAUGCAAUUUGCAUAAUGAUGGAAGAUGACGAAUGGUCGACCCGUUUACAGACCUCGAUUCGGAAUCUAGUUCCCCUGCUUGAUCAUAAUCUCGUUUCCAGUGUGCUGAAUCGGUACCCUAAUCGUGCUUUGGAAUUUUUCCAGUGGGUGGAGGGAUCUGGGUUUAAGCACGACAGAGAAACACAUUACAAAAUGAUUGAGAUUUUGUGUAUAGAUCAUAGGCUUGAGGACGCUAAGCGGAUUCUGCUGGGUAUGUCUAAAAAGGGCAUUGAUUAUGAUGAAGAUCUGUUUGUUCUUCUAAUUCAUGGUUACUCAAAAGUUAAUCGAAAAUGGGACAUCGUAAAGAAUUGUGUGAAAAUAUUCUCGAAAAUGGAAGAAUUGGGUGUGCCCAGGACGAUCAAGUCGUAUAAUUCUAUGUUACAGGUGAUCAUAAGUGAAAAGAAGUUCACCAUGGCUGAGAAGUUUUUCGAUAAAAUGUUGUCUGAAGGUGUAGUUCCAUCUAAACACACUUACACACUCGUGAUUUCGGGUUUCUGUCGUUCAUCAAGAAUGGAGACUGCAAAUCGUUUCUUCGAAGAUAUGAAAAGUCAAAAUUAUUUGCCUGAUAUUGCUGUUUAUAACACGAUGAUUAAUGGGUAUGUUCAGGCGAAGAAAAUGGAAGAGGUAGAGAGUCUCUUAAUGGAGAUGAAGGAACGAAAGAUGGAGCCCUCAUUGGUUACUUAUAAUUCAGUGAUCAACGGGUAUGCUAAAGUUAGGAAAAUGGAGGAUUCAGAGAAGCUUUUGAAGGAGAUGAAGGCACGAAAUGUUGAACCUAACUUGAGUACUUAUAACACGAUGAUUAAUGGGUACACUGUAGUUGGAAAAAUGGAGGAUGCACAGAAGCUUGUUGUGGAGAUGACUGGAAGAAACAUCGAGCCGGAUCUGCUUACUUAUGUCACCAUGAUUAAAGGGAGGUUGAAGAUCAUGUCCAGAAUCUAG